CAAAUCCACUCUGCGAUUGGCACUUGGGCAGGGACAUGGGGUUCCUCCAGGGGCCGGAGGCCUGGAGCUCCCAGGGCAGGUGCAAGGGAAGCUCUAUUUCUGGGUCCUCUUCCAGAUGCCCACCCCACCCCAAGCUGGGCACCAUUUGCUCCCACAGGGAAAGCACUUUGGGGAAUUCCCUUGGGCUCCCGGGGGCAUGAGAAAGUUGGUGCAGGGCAAGGGGCCGGGGGCCUUCCUGCGUGGCUCCCUAGGAAGCCACUCUGCACCACCCCCGACCUCGCAGCCACCCUGGGACUCCUGCAUCCCGCCCUCAGGCUUUGGCUCACUGCCCCAGAACCCUGAGAAGGCUCAAAGGGUGGCGGGAAGCCUGACUCAUCCCCCGAGGAGCAGGCAGCACAGCCCGCCACCCGCACCCCCCCAUCCCUAGUCAAGUGCUAUGAUUUUCCGCUUGCGCCAUCUGAUUGCUAUUAGGGCCAGGGAAAGGGGGUUCCCAGUUCCAUACACCAGCAGGGGGCCCUGGGCAGAUUCCAGGUGGGAAGGGGGAUGGGGUGGCCCCUGGAUGGCUCCGCUGUCCUGCUGCCCAGCCUACCUCGCAAAAGUGCCUACAACUCUCUCUCCAGGGAGCCCUCACCUCACUACCUCCUGGCUUCUCUGUAUCAGGCCCUGAAUACGAGGGGACUUGCCCCUCCCGGGGCUGCACGCCCCAAAAUGCCCAGUGGGAGCAGAAGGAAGGAACCAAGCAAGUGCACAGCCCUGAGCUUUCUCCAGGGCAGCCCCACGGAGCUGCAGGAUGGAGGAGAGGAACAGCUGGACUCCGGCAGCAGUGCUCCUGCCAACAUGACGUCACCAGGCAGGGAGAUGAGUUCCCAGAGAAGCGUGCGGGCCGGCGCACCGCGAGCAGAGCCGUGAGAAGUCUGCACUCACCAGGCCUGGAGAUGGUGGGGAACUGUUCCUGGGAGGCCCAUCCAGGCAGCCGGAGUAAGCUGUGUCCUGACGUGAGUGAGGCCCCCGAGCUGUACAUCCGCGGCUUCCUGACCAUCGAACAGAUCACCAUGCUGCCGCCGCCCGCCGUCAUGAACUACAUCUUCCUGCUCCUCUGUCUGUGCGGCCUGGUGGGCAACGGGCUGGUCCUCUGGUUUUUCGGCUUCUCCAUCAAGCGGAGCCCCUUCUCCGUGUACUUCCUGCACCUGGCCGGCGCCGACGUCGGCUACCUCUUCAGCAAGGCUGUGUUCUCCGUCCUGAACGCGGGCGGCUUCGUGGGCACGUUCGCCGACUACGUCCGCGCCGUGACCAGGGUCGUGGGGCUCUGCACGUUCGUGGGCGGCGUGAGCCUCCUGCCCGCCGUGAGCUCGGAGCGCUGCCUGUGCGUCGUCUUCCCCGUCUGGUACUGGCGCCGCCGGCCCAAGCGCCUGUCGGCCGUGGUGUGCGCCCUGCUCUGGACCCUGUCGCUCCUGGUCACCGGCGUCCACCACUACUGCUGCGUGUUCCUGGCCCCGCGGGGCUCCGGCAGCACCUGUGGGCGCAUGGACACCUUCCUGGGCAUCCUGCUGUUCCUCGUCUUCUGCCCGCUCAUGGUGCUGCCCUGCCUGCUGCUCAUCCUGCACGUGGAGUGCCGGGCCGGGCGGCGCCAGCGCUCUGCCAAGCUCAACCACGUCAUCCUGGCCAUGGUGUCCGUGUUUCUCGUGUCCUCCAUCUACCUGGGGAUCGACUGGUUCCUCUUCUGGGUCUUCCAGAUCCCGGCCCCCUUCCCUGAGUACGUCACCGACCUCUGCAUCUGCAUCCACAGCAGCGCCAAGCCCGUCGUCUACUUCCUGGCGGGGAGGGACAAGUCCCAGCGGCUGUGGGAGCCUCUCCGGGUGGUCUUCCAGCGGGCCCUGCGGGAUGGUGCCGAGCUGGGGGAAGCCGGGGGCGGCACGCCCAACACGGUCACCAUGGAGAUGCAGUGCCCCGCCGGGAACGCGUCCUGAGAGGCCGGUGCCAGCUGGGCAGCAGGGGCCGCUGCCACACUGCCCAAGUGCAAGGAGAAAGGUCUGCUCUGGCUCCUCAUGCCGCCUCCUCCGUGGGCUGGAGGCUCUGGGGUGGCUGGCUGGGAGACCGAGCAGCCACCUACAUGCAGGCCCCCUGGACAGGCUUCCCCCGCCAUUCUCCUCCAUGGCCAGAAGCUGGUGGGGAAGGGAGGGGACGGAGGGGUCACCCAGCCCCAUCCCCCUCCUACCCCUUUCAAUCAGGCCUCCUUGAAAACAAUGUAGCCACCACCACUGUCCCCCUUCGGGGCCGUAGCUUUGCCCCGUCAGGGCACCUGUUCUCUCCGUUCCGCCCCCUCAAGGCGGUAUUGGCAAGCCGGCCUGGACGUGAAGGUGCUAUCUGGAAGAGAGUUCUGGCUAACCUGCCUUGUAGUUCCAGCCUUCUGCACCCAACAUCCCUGCCCUGAAUCCUUCGGUGACUUUAAUGGGGGAGUUUCCGAUCAUGGCAAGCAGCUAGAUGGGAAGCGGCCCGGGCAGCUGGAGCAGGUCAAUCUCAUUUCCGGCUCCCUGCGGCCAGCCCCUGGGCAGCCUCCCAGAGCACAGCAUGUCCAUGCUGCUGUGCACCUGGUCCUCGAACCUUGGCCCACUGUCCAGGAGUCUCUGGGCUCCAGUCCCCACCCAGGAGUGGGCCCUGGCUCUACCUGGCCACCCCAGCCCACCUCCAAGCACAAGGGCCCCAUGUAGCCAAUGCAAGUUUUAUAGAAGACAAUAAAUGUGUAUCAAUAAACAUUUUAUAUCGUGCACUGA